AUGGGAUGUAUGUUUGAGCUGUACAAUGAUGGAAGAGCGGUGAACGAUGAAGAAGCAGUUGAAGAAAGUAAAAUAGACGAGGAAGGAAUAAUGGGUGCAGCAGUUGAUAGAUCGUCAUAUGAAACAACAGUAGCAUGUAAAACAGAUGAAGUAGCAGAUACGGAUGGAACUGCCAAAGCAUUGGUGGUUGCAAGGUUCGCUGGAGGAUUUAGAGGUCGUAUACCAGUGACAGGAGAAAUAUUAUUGCUUUCAUCAGGAACAUUUACAAUUUCUUGGGUAGUGAUGACUGGCAGCUUCCCUAGGCCUGUUACAUUAUUUUUAGUGUUUAAUUCAGUAAUUUUUUCUACUGGUCGUUUAGUGGAUGUCUGA